UGAUUUUUCUCUCCACUCCAGUUAGCGACCGCCGCCCAUCUCCUCUCCUCUCUCCGUCACCCGCCAAGCUCCGGCGAGACAACCAACCCCACCAGCGCCUCACCACCCUGAUCUUUCCCUUUUCAGCGCCACCUCCCAUCUCCUUCGCCUCCCCGCCAGCGAGAAACCGCCGUACCUUCAUCUCCUCCCGGGCAAGGACAAAUCGCCACCACCUCUAUCCUGUCAUCUUCCAUCUGUCUCCCCCAGACAAGUGAGACCCAAUCUUCAUUGAUCCAUUUCAUAUACCAAUACAUACUCAUUUACACACCAACAGUUCAUACUACUUGAUCACUAUCAUAUUUCAUUGUUGUGUUCUCUAAUUUGCUGGUUCGGAUUUGAGUUUCGAGUGUGAGUUCGACCCGGGAUCUUUGAUGAAUAUGACUCGUCACGAGGGAAGCCUUUACAGAGGUGCAUCACGGAGAGAGAAGCCCAGAGGACGUAAUCAGGGGUUAACCCAACAGAAAAGGCAAGAAAUAAGAGAGGCUUUUGAGCUUUUUGAUACAGACAACUCUGGAACCAUUGAUGCCAAAGAGCUCAAUGUUGCUAUGAGGGCUCUGGGUUUUGAAGCAACUGAAGAGGAGAUCAAUCGAAUGAUUGCAGAAGUUGAUAAGGAUGGCAGUGGUGCAAUUGAUUUUGAUGAAUUUGUGCACAUGAUGACUGCCAAGUUUGGAGAAAGGGACACUAAAGAAGAGCUCAUGAAGGCAUUUCACAUUAUUGAUCAAGAUAAAAAUGGUAAAAUCUCUUUUGCAGACAUUCAAAGAAUCACUGAUGAGUUGGGGGAGCGAUUUACUGACAGAGAAAUCCAGGAUAUGAUAGAAGAGGCAGAUCGUGAUCGUGAUGGAGAGGUUAAUGUUGAAGACUUCAUGAGAAUGAUGAGGAGAACGAACUUUGGGCAUUAAGGAGUUUCAUUCUGGCGCCCUAUUGCUACACCAAAUACAUUUGAGGAUGGAUAUUUAUCAACUAUGUAGUGUAUAAUAUGGUCUUACAAUUUCAGGACACAUGAUAAUUUUAUGGAUCAAAAUGGACGAAUUAGAGAACCAGUAACCAGUUAAUUACUGGAAUGUGUAUUAUCUUAGUUUGUGUUAACAAGCAUUCACGGUUUGUAAGCAAGCAACUACAGAGUCUUGGUUGAUAGAACAUUGUAGCUAAUGUUGACAAUGAGCCCAUAUUUUAUAAUUCCACCGAAUCCGUUCAUAUUUUAAUGGAUUGGGACAAACAAUACAAA